GAAAAACAGUAGGCCUUCCCGCAUCUGAUUACUUGUUUCCACGCCGUUCCCCUUUCUCUCUCUCUCUCUCUGUCAAUCGAUUCGCCUACCUCCUCUCUGAGUAUUCAGCCGCGCACGACCUCAUAUCCGCCGUCGCCUCCACCGACGCCCUCUCUGAGCCGUCACCCAUUCACGAACCCUCUCUCCCAGUCUCUGAUUCAUAGAUAUUAGAGAUGGAUGCUAAAGCCAGGAACAAGGCAUUGUUUCGUGCUAGAUUGAAUGCCCAGAAGAAGGAAAAGCGAAUAGACUCUCCUCUUGUACGGUAUAAUGAAUCUGACCAGCCCGUAUGCAGGGUUUGUGACAUCGCUCUGAAAUCUGAAUUUCAGUGGGAAGCACAUCAAGCAUCUCGUAAACAUCAUGAGGCAAUAAAUAAUCUCAAAGCUACAGCAGCUGGACUAAACCGAGUCAACAACGCAAAAACUGAAGUCCGUCCAGAAUUGUCGAAACCUGAGCCUGAACAUCUUCCGGAGUUGCAUAUCCCAAGACCUGAACGCUCUACAGAAUUGCCUAGACCUCAAACGUCAUCUGGGCUUCCUCCAGAUUUUUUUGACAACAAUGAGGCACAAAAACGAAAUACUGGAACGGACUCUAUCACAGUGGCGGAGACUGAUUCAUACAAAAAGAUUGAGACGAGAAAAACUGAGCCUGCCAGGGACCUUACACAGACAUCAUCAAAGAUUGCCAGUUCAGAAGCUAAGCAAAUAAAGGGAGCUCUUCCUGAGGGCUUCUUUGAUAACAAGGAAGCUGAUUUAUCCGCACGGGGAAUAAAGCUUGUUAAGCCAGAUGUCAAAGAUGAGUACAAAGAAUUUGAAAAGUUGAUCCAAGAGGACUUGAAGGAGGUCGAUAAUAGGUUGGAAGAAGAAGAGAUUGAUGCCGCUGAGAUGAUAGAAGAGGCUGAAUCAGUAGAGCAAAGGACAUAUCGGGAGAAAGUAGAAUUGUUAAGAAAGAAGAAAAUGGAGUUGAAGGCUGCGAGUGCUUCCAAGCGCAGAAGAGUUUCGGAGAUUGUCAAAAAGGAGCCCAGUCAUGAUGAGUCAUCAAGUGAUAGUGACAGUGAUGAGAAUUUUGCAGUGGAUUGGAGAGCUCAACAUCUUUGAAUGCACUUGGUCUCCUGUAGGAUCUGUUCUUGACAUGUUCAAAACCAGACAAUGUAAUGUGCCAGUGACUGGCUUUGGAACCUGUAGGUUCUUUGGUGCUAAAAUUGGAAGCUUUGCUGAGGCUAUGUGCAAUUGGGAGUUUGUGAAGGUGAAAGUAAACAUGUAUACCGAACUCAUUUGGGCAUCCCCACGAUAUUGCAUGCACUUAAAAGAAGUGAAAAAAAAAAAAAACCACAUUUUCCCGUCGACAUACUUAUUUACAGCUUCAAUUCAAUCCAUUCAUUCUCCAUGCUUAA